GGGGAUUACACACGAAGAUGGAAUCCGUUCCACAUGCUCGACUGUGUGAGCUUCAGAAGUGGAAAGACUUCAGUGGAUAUGGUUUCAGCCUAAAGGGUGUUAAAGGAAGAGUUGGAAACUCGAUUUGUGAAGUCGAUCCUGACUCCCCGGCAUACGCUGGAGGCGUCCGAAACGGCGACUUAGUUGUGGAAGUAAACGGCAUCAACGUCCUUAGUGAACCACACAUGGAAGUUGUCGAACGCAUCAAAUCCGACCCCGACCGAGUCUGCCUUCUUGUGGUGGACCCCGAGUCGCGACGUCACUUUGAAGAACGCCACCUUAUUGUUGAUACCCACAUGAAGCAUCUCAGACAUAUAGUCUGUCCGCCCAGCAGACCAGGCCACCGACUUCACACAAACCUAGCUUCACAUCCCGAGAUUGACGGUGUUCCCGACAUCCCCAAAAGACGUGAUCUCUCACAAUCACCCACAACGCAUACGGACUCACACACGCCGCAGCGGCAACCGCCUACGGGUGCUGAACUGAACGAGGCACACGGAUCACUAGAAGAGAGUGAGGUACAACAAACUGGGAAUAAUGGUUUCCUCAAACAACCUCGCUCUGAAGUGGACAUAAAAAAUUUCCGAGGAAAUCUUGGCCGGGCUCGCUCUGCAGAGAUUGUUAUUGUUAGUGAACCUACAAAGGCGUCUACAUUAGAAAAUGUAUCCAAAGGAACGGGUGAACGCAUCCAAAAGUUAACUAUUGAGAGAUACUCAGAGCCGCUGGAAAAACCGCGAGAAGUCACGAUUCUUGGUGAUGCUGUUGAGCGCAUUAUCAGGGAAAACGAAGAUGAAAGGCUAGUAUGGAAUGAGCCAGUCCGUCUAUUGGGCAGUAAAUCUGAUUGGAAUCAGGGAAAAGACAGAGAAAAGACAGACAAAACGCAAAUCUGUAUUUCUGAAAUUGGUGAAUUUGAACAUCUCUGUAUUCCUUCUAAAAAAGGGUCAUUUUCCAGUAUUUGCUCUGAAAAAUUAGGACAUUCGUUACGAGACAUAAACGAAUUCGGGAAACCUCGAGCCAAAUCCUUUGAGUACUCGAUUUCUGUAACAAAGCACAAUUCUCACAAAAAUGUACUAUUACCCAGGGAUAAACAGGAUGAUGGAGCUUCUGUGAAGCUUCCUGAAUUGAUCAGUUCGGUGAAACCGGGUGAAUCUAGUCGUCAAAACUCAACCGAUCUGAGUACAGGUAGAGGGGCACUUCUGAACGGAGGGACUCCGCCUCCAAUGAAUGACCGUUUGAAAAUCGACCUGGACGUAGACCUAGAGCGGCUAAAGUUCAAGCUUGGUCAAAACCGACGGAAACAACAUACACCAAUGAAAUCCUACACCCAAAGGAAAAGAGACUUUGAUGCACUUUAGUCAUUGUCGAUAUCCGAAAAUCCGGCUGUGAAAUUUCCCUCCACUCCAAGAAGUUUUUCUUCCGCCAGGCACAUCAGAAAAUUGUUGUGUUCGUAUCGUUUCUAAUCACCGCUGCAUCUUAUUUUUUCUGCAAUUAUCUCUCUCGAUACCCGGUUCCUUGAUCGUCCUGAGCCCUAUCAGCCAACCUUUGUUGCCAUGGCAACACUUUUGCAAUAUAUGUACGCUUCGACAUAAUGCUCGAUAUGUUUUAUUCAUUCUCCUUUUGAGUUGACCUUCAAUCUAUCUUUGCACUCAAUUUGCCCAUCGAUUGUGAUAAAUUGUGCCUUUUCUUGUUUAUUGAAUGCCAACAAGUUUUGAUGAAGAUUUUCGUCUAUCUUGACUGUACUCUACGUUUUAUACUGGUGUUAAUUGGUGGUUGCCCGAUUGGCAUCUCAAUUUUUCCGCAUUAUCGCCUCCAGGUUAAAUCCAGUGAGUUUUUUGUGACAAUUCCAAACUGUCCAGACUUGAUGAACUUUACCUGGGGAAAAAUCGAGGUUAAGAUAUAACGU